CAUACACACCACGCAUUUUGUCACCGGGCAUGGUUCGUGCAACGCAGUUCUGAAGCCGGUAUAAUAUUCACAGAUUACAACAGAGAAAAGAGCAAAACAUGCACAGAGUAACGGUGGAGGCUCAGUAUCGAGUAAAUUACGGCCAUGACAAUUCACACAGUCAAGUCUGGGGCAUAGUAACCCCAUGGCAUCAUGAUAUUUGUCUUUGAUCCCCGUUAUAACUGACUGCAUACCUCGUUUACUAAAGCAUUAAUGGCUUACACUCCAUUUUGAGACGAAUCUGACAUUCUUUCGAAUGCCGCAUUGUCCUGAUAUUUUCACUGUGUUCUGCAGGUUUCACUCGCAACUCCCAAACAGGGAACAACAUCUCGACAAGUCUUCUACCCAUGCCGUUCAUAGCUGGAACCGCCACCACACAAUUCUCAGCCAUGAGCAUGGCGCAGAGCCCAAAUCCUUACGAUUUUCCGCAUGUUGCAAACCGGGAUCCUCAGUGGCCAUCCUUGGCCUGGGCCAAGACAACAAGUGCGAGAGCAACACCGGGCCAACAAGGCCGUGCAAAAAGAUCAAUUCCCUGACCAACAGACCUUUCGAGAUAAAAUGCAGACUAUUACAUCGAAAUCACAACGGCAAGAAACUCGGGGAGCAUAUUCCUCGCUGAGCCGUCUUCUAAACUACAAUGGAACCACUCCUCAGAUUGCAAACAAACGAGAAUCAGACUUUAGAGUUGCGUUUCCGGGGCCAGAAAAGGGAGCCGUACGAACUCCGCUCUACAUGUGAGAAUAUAUUGGAGUGGAGUCCCAGCCACGACGAGUCAAAGAGGCGGGGUAGGUACAAGAUAGCAGACGUUAGAUAUCUUCCCUACUUGUUCAAUU